AUGCAUCGUCCUAAUAUAUACGACAAACAACAAGAAGGCUUUCGAGAUGAUGUAGCCUCUUCGGAUCCAAACGACAAUCAUGACAACAACACCACCAACAUUACUUCAGACGAAGCAAGUAUUGGCUUUACCUUUGGAAGGAAAUGCUCAUCCUCGAACAUUAUCACUUCUUCAUCAUCACCACAACAUGUACAUUUUCAAAACGCAAACACUGAUGAAAAUAGUAGUAGCAAUACUAUUACCAACCAUAAUCAACCAGUCAUUGUUGUACCACCACUCUCAUCAAACAACCGAUUCAAUCCUCAGUUGAGUAAUGAUGAACACCAUCAUGAAGAGGAAGAAAUUGAAUUGAAGGAUUUAAACGAUGAUUUCACUCCAAGACAACACUAUUUUCGUAACAAUCAUUCAGCUCCUUCCGAAAGUGCAUUCGAGAGUGAGUCGCUGGUUGAAGAAGGAGAGCAUGAACAAUUGUUCAAGCAACUACGAGAAGAACAGCAACGAAAACGAGAGCUACGUAAAAAGAUUACUUGGUGUACCAUGCUGAAGGAAACAUUCAAGAUCUUUUUACCUUUAGGUUGCACAACCUUUGUAGGUGGUAUUGCUGUGGUACAGAAAAUGUUUGUCGACCAAAAAAAGUGGCUGACUGAAAAUGAAUUUAUGGAGAUUUAUGCUCUAAGUCAAAGUUUGCCUGGACCCAUCAUUAGCCAAGUUGUAUUUUCUAUCGCCAUGCUCAGAUUUGGUUUUUGGAGUGGAUUUUUAUCGAAUAUUCUUUUUUGUGGUCCUGGUUUUUUGGGGUGUUUGUUGUUUGGAUGGCUUAUGGCCGAUGUCAAUAUUGAUGAGAACUCGCCUCGUUGGCUUACAAAUUUACAAUUUGGUUUGGCAACUUCAGGUAUUGCUUUUGCAGUAUCAUCGGCUUGGAGAAUGGCUGGAAUGUUAACCAAAAUGAAGAGCAAAGUUUUUCCUUAUGUUUUGGCAGGAUCUAUUGCUAUUACAACCAUGAUUUAUAGGACUACAUGGCUAUUACCUGCUCUUAUUGGUUUGGGUGCGGCUCUGAGUUGCAUUUAUUUGAAAAUUGAAGCUAUCAUUGAAAAGAGAAUUCAAGAUUAUCACAUCAAAGAGCAAGCAGUUGGAGCUGCAACAUUUGAGGAUGAAGAAAUGACCAUCAAACAAAAACUGAAAUUUGUUUGGAUACUUUUACAAAGUUUUGUUAAACCAAAACCUUCAGUGAGCACAGAAGAAGUUACUGUGAAUGAUGCUGAAGUUGAAGCAGAACAGGAGCAAGUAAGAGAUGUCAUGAGCAAGCAAGUUCGAACACAUUCUCCAUUAUGGCUUGGGUUUACCAUGUUAGCCAUAUUUAUCAUGUUGUUCGUGGUCCUAUUGGUGUGUUCUGCAAUUUUUGCAAAAUACAAAAGACCCCAUUCUUCUCCUACUGGUGCUGACAUUUUCAAGGAAAGUAUUUUAGUUUUAUCAUUCUUCUAUAGGAUGGGAACGUUUAUAUUUGGAGGUGGAGUGGGUGGAAUACCUUUAUUGAUGCCAGAAAUGUUACAACGACAAUGGAUGACAAAAGAACAAUUUAUGAAUGGAUUUGCUCUGUCUAAUGCUUUACCUGGUCCAAAGUAUAAUGUUGCUGCAUAUUUUGGAGCAGCUAUUGGUGUUAAAUUUUCCACGUUUCCUACUGCUCUUAAUUCAACAUCGAAUUCAACAUUGAUUGCUAGUAACGUGACAAGCGUAAUGACAUUCGAUACAGAUUUUUAUAGUGUCAACGGUAGUGCUAUACCUGUUACUCCAAGCACCCAUAGAACUGCUCUAUUCUUCAUAUUACCACCAUUACUAGGAUUGUUAUCAGGAAUUUUCUUCCAUUUGCCAGGUUAUCUGACAAUGACAGGCUUUCUUCCUCUCUGGAGAAAAAUUAGAGAAAACAAUAUUAUCAAAAUGUCACUGGUGGGUGUGAACGCUGUUUGUAUUGGAUACGUCAUUUCAAACGCCAUUGAUAUGUGGAUUGACAAUGUUGGAAUGAAUCAAUACCUUGCUGCCUGUACCAUGUUUUGCUUUUUGCUGAACUUUUUCGAUUUUUCUCCUCCAAUUAUUGUAAUUGCUGGUGCAGUGGUGGCUAUUGUUGGGGGUGAAAUUGGAUACGCUAUCUUUGGAUGA